AUGGACCACCUAAGUGCAACAUCAAAAAAUGCACACAUAAAGGGGCGAGCAAAGUUUGUAAGUGAGAGGAUGAGAAGCAUCAGGUUUUCUGCAUUCUGUCAUUUCCUGGCGGACAUGUUUGCAAUAAUUUCGAAGUUACGUCUGAAGAUGCAAAGAAAUGAUUUAAUUCUUCCUGGAGCAGUGUCGCUCCUCCAUGAAACAAUAGCCAAUGUUGAUGCCUUGAAACUCUGGCCCGUCCCAAAUGGACAUUUGAAACGGUUCAUGAAUAUGCUUGAGGAGUCCGGGGUUCACGAUGAGGUGUAG